UCUCUUUUCCGUCCUUCCUGAGACCUCUGGUCUCCUAAGACCGCUCUUGAUCUGGGGGUACGAGGAUGCCCCAGGGUGGGAGGUUCUGGAUCCCUGAAAUUAGGAGGCUGACCUCUCCUUCCUCCCCCACACCCCAAACCCGAGAUUUCCUCAUCUGACGAGACACCUUCCGGGGGGGUGGGGAUAUGUGUGGACAGAUUGGCAGACUGGGGAUCAUGGAGGCUGAAGAAAUCUACAUAAACCAGACCAGUAUGCAGGCAGCAGCCGUCAAAGACGAGCAACGAGGGACACCAGCCAAUAGGAAAGGUGUAGAUGACCCCAACUAUGCGAAUAUCCCCGUGAUCUUAAGAAAACAGGAUCAUCCAAAGGGCAGUCACUCACCCUCCAAGAGUGAGGCCCGGUCCAGGCCAUCCUCGGACUCUGCCCAGUGUUUGCACAAAGCUUUCACAAGCCUGUACAUUCUUCUCGCCCUGAUUUCCAUCAUUCUGUUGGUCUGGGUUCUGGUGAAGAAUUCUGUGAUGUCCCAGGAGCUGCUGGUCUUGAAAAUGGAGAUCUCGAAUGUCUCUAUCUCCACACGUGAAUGGGAGGUGGGGCAAAGGAAGGGCUGGAGCUACGUCAAGCAGAGCCUCAGUAACGCCAAACAGAGCAUUGACUUGGCCAACCGCAAUGUGCAGGCUGGGAAUGAGAAGCUGAAGAAGCUGACGGAAGACAUAACCCAAAUCAAGACUCAAUUACAGCAGAUCUCUGUGGUGCUGAAGAAAAUGCAAAAUCCACAGCCCACACAGUCCACUCGGUAAUCAAGAGGACAUGGAGGCCGGGGCGCAGCCCGGAGGACAGGGGCGCACCUCCCGUAUAUAUGACGCAUGGGGCCCAGUCUUGUCUGACCUGUUCAUCAUCCCCACAUAUCAAAUCCUAUGUCACGGCGAAUGAGUGUUGUGGAGUUGCGUGUGUGCGUGUGUGUGGGGUAAGCAUUUCAUGGAGGGCAGGUCUUGGGUGAAUGUUGAAUGUGGAGUCACAGAGGGUGUGGUGUGCACCUGUCACUGUCCAUGUGACACAUGUAUAUCAUAGCAUGUGGUGUCAUGCACAUCACAGUGGGUAGCUGUGUCAGCAGGGACCACAAAGGUGUGUCACAGUGAGGGUGGGUGCUGGUGACACAUGUUACCCAUGCAUGUUUCACUGUUGGUGUGAAUAUGCAUGAAUGCCCUGCAACAUGUUACAUGUAUGUAUAAACGUGUCAUGGUGGAAUUGGUGGGAGCACCCCGUGGGAGUGUAAUUGCGGGUGUCACAGUGUGUGCCUGUCACUCCCUGUGCCCCGAGAACAAUGUGUCCAUGUGAGUGUGCCUGACUGUCACCAAGGGAGCUGGGAGCACACACGCCCGUGUGCCUGUGUUUCUGCAUCACAUUUUGUGGUUCAUGGAAGUAAAGGCCAAGGGAAAACAAUGUGGCUUUCAGAUCUGUUAUUGGGGCGACUGGGGGCCCUGGGGAGGGUCUGCAAGUGUCUGGACUUGGGGGUGGGGAACAUCACACCGUGAACAGGUGGACGUGUGCCAGAAAUGCUGGCGAUGGGCACGCGUCUCUGUCUCUGGGUGAAGUAUGGUAGCAACCAUUUCAGAUUGAAACUGUAGUUUAACUCUAACCCUAUUGUUUGGCUUCACAAUAGAAAGGUUAUUUUGAUUUUCUGAAUUGUAUAAAUCAUCCCUUUUGAUUGAACGCCUUAUUGAUUAAAUGACUAUUCCAUUGAUUGUUAUCAUACUGGUCUUAGAGAGCACAUUCUUCUGUACCUGGGAAACAGGACAGCACAAUUACCCUAAAUUGUUUUAGU